GUUGGUUUCCAUGCAAAUAGACAAUCCUUUGGAGUGCUCCAUCCUGUCAGAUGAUAUCGAUGAUGAAGAAGUUUGGCUCUAUUGGAUUGACAGCAACAAGGAACCUCAUGGCAAAGCUAUCCGGCAUCUUGCACAAGAGGCUAAAGAAGGCACAAAGGCUGAUUUAGAAGUCCUCACCUAUUAUAGGUACCAAUUGAACCUCUUUGCAAGGAUGUGUUUGGAUCGCCAGUAUCUGGCCAUAAACCAGAUUUCUACCCAGCUUUCAGUGGACUUGAUCUUACGCUGUAUGUCAGACGAAAGCCUGCCAUAUGACCUGCGAGCCUCUUUUUGCCGCCUCAUGCUUCACAUGCAUGUGGAUAGAGAUCCCCAAGAAUCAGUGGUCCCUGUUCGCUAUGCAAGACUGUGGACGGAAAUACCUACCAAGAUCACAAUAUAUGAAUAUGAUUCUAUUACAGACUCUUCGAGAAAUGAUAUGAAGAGGAAAUUUGCACUGACAAUGGAAUUUGUUGAAGAAUACUUGAAAGAGGUUGUAAACCAGCCAUUUCCUUUUGGUGAUAAAGAGAAAAACAAGCUUACAUUUGAGGUGGUGCACUUGGCUCGAAAUCUUAUUUACUUUGGAUUUUAUAGUUUUAGUGAGUUGCUAAGACUGACAAGAACACUUCUGGCUAUUCUGGAUAUUGUACAGGGACCCAUGUCAUCCUACCUUGAAAGAUUAAGCAAAUUUCAAGAUGGAGGUGAGAAAUUUGGAGAAAACAAUAAGCAUGCUAAAAAUUAUUUUUGA